ACAAGGCCAACCGUCUGUGUGCACGUUAUCAGGACAGGCCGUCGGUCCAUGCCAGGAUAUUUGGGCCGAAGUUUCUAUUCUUCAACAAGAUCUAGACGAAAUAUCCCCAUUGCCUCAAAGGCUACAUCUGUUUGAUGCUGAAACUCAACAAACCUUAACCACCUUCAUCAACCUCAUUAACACCCCAGUUGAAGAAAUCAUUCUCCACAAACCUGAUGAAACCUUGGCCUGUCUUUCUGCUGUUGUAAACCUCUCCCCUAAUCCUUUCAACCCCAUUCAACUAAAGCAAUUGGCCAAGAUCAUCACAGAAUGGCCAACCCUUUCAGAGAUGGUUCAGACUUGCUCGAAGGAUAUUCAAACCAAUAAGGAUUUCCUAAACGAAGCCCACACCAUAUCUACUUCACUCAAACUCAGCCAGCAGACCUCUGCAGCCAUUCUUCAGCAACACUCAGCACUUGAACUUGAGGAAGCCAAACUCAUGGCAGAACUUGCCUCUGUCCGGCAAAGAAAGGCUCAUCUGCAGCAGCAACACGACCAGCUUAAUCAAGAAGCAAGGAUGAUGCUCUCCCAAAUUAGACAUCGUUCUGCAUCCAUUCAGACAACUAAAGCUGAGUUGGACCAAGCCCAAGCCAUGCUGGCAGAUGCUCAAUCAGAGUGGGGUGUUCUAGCCGUUCUGUUCCCCGAAUCCUAGGCUAGUUUAUAUAUGUAUUCUUUUGUAUUGCACACCUAGGAAUGAUUUGGAAAGGUAGGAAUGAUUGCCUUUUUAAUGAUAAGAUUGUUGAUGGGCCUGAAUUGGCUGAGAUGGUGAAAGUGAGGGUUGCACUUUGCUGUAAGCAAAGUUAUAGAGGCCUACAG